UUUUUCAGUUUUCCCAGACAGUCGGACAAUGGACAAUACAGCGGUGGCUAAAGAUCCCGCCCAUCGGAUACUUCAUUGGUCAGUUACAGCAAAGCACUGUCCUAAGUGGGCGUAACACCUGUCACUCAAACUAACUUUUUAGUCUCGAGCACUUCCUCCGUUAACAGUCCGUGAAGCCCAUCACUGGCCAGCCCACCGCCUGUCUUCUCAUGCUUGUGGAUUCCUGUUGUCGGGAGUCGUAAUGACUGAGGUUGAAUUGGGAUUGCGUGGCGAAUGGACGGAAUUGAAGCCACAGAAGUUUUAAUGGAGACCGUGGAGCAGCUGGUGUCUUUCCAGCACAUCCAUGUGCAGCUGAACGGAGGCGCUCCGUGGGGAUUCACUCUGAAAGGAGGACUGGAGCACGGCGAACCGCUCAUCAUUACUAAAAUAGAAGAAGGAGGAAAAGCAGCCCAGUGUAAGAAGCUGAGAGUUGGAGAUGAACUGGUGAACAUUAACGGUUCUGCUCUCUAUGGCUCGCGUCAAGAAGCUCUUAUUCUCAUCAAAGGUUCUUACAGGAUUCUCAAGAUCGUUGUCCGAAGACGCAGUGUGCCGCUGAUUCGUCCCCACUCUUGGCACCUGGCGAAGCUGUCAGAGGCACCCUGCACCACUGGCACCGCUGAAAACUCUGAUGGCCCCUCGGCUAUGCAGCUCCACCUCACACCUUUCAGUGUACCUUGGCACUCUGGAAGUGAAAACAGUGAGCUGUCCAUGCAGUGGGGUCAUAUCUCCAGGCACUACAGCACAGAUCGCAGUAGCUCAAUAGGGAGUAUGGAGAGUCUGGAGAAUCCUCCCAACCAGGGCUACUAUGACAGUCAGCUCUCUCCCAUCGAUCCGGUCAUCUUCAACAACAAACGUGACUCCGCCUACAGCUCCUUCUCUGCCAGCUCAAACACGUCUGAUUAUACGGUCUCUGUCAAACCUGAGGAGACCAACUCAAUGGACAGCCUCUUACAGGGCUCUUCUAGCAGGUAUCCAGACGGAGUCCAACAUUCCGUUGGAAUUUUACAGGAAGAGUGUGAAAGCCUAAAAUCAAAGGUACUGUCCCACAGAACUGAGGCUAAAGUUCGGCCAUCCUCCUAUAAUUGCGAGGAGGAACGAUGUGCACCGCCUCAGCCACCCAUGAGGAAAGACAGUUUUAGGGCUACCAGAGGCCAAUCAGGAGUUGGGGAUAAACGAUGCGUGUCUGCUCCAGUUGGCAUCCCAAGUCUAGCCAGCUGCAUAGUUGAUGAUCAACCUCCAAUUCAGGAAGUGCUGACUGGUAAUGUUUAUGUGAAUGGAAAGCAAGACGAUGAACAAGGGAGCAGUGUCGAACCUUAUUAUACCUUCAACUCUCAGAGAAAAACAGGUAGAGACGGCAAAUCAAGAGAGAGUGAGAUAAAACAAUCAGAGGACAAGUCUGCAGAGAUAUCUCCACUUCCUCUGAGUCCCUCUUUAGAAAGAACAAUAGAUGGACAUUUUGAAACCCAACUCCAACCAGAAUGUAAUCUCCAGCCAGCCAUGCACAGGCACAGUGCCCCGGAGAAACUUUUAACCUCUCAUAUGAUGAAUUUCUCCAGGGACAAAAAUGAUUACUCAGUAUCUCCCACAUGCCAGUGGUCACAGUCUCCUCUGUAUCUCAAUGAGAUUAGCCCAGAUCAACCCAAUAAAUGGGGAGCAAGCAGGUGUUCUACACCCGGUUCAUUGACGACUUCAGAAGUUGAGGAGCCUAGGUUAGAUGAAGAUACACUUGAUUGGGGCCCGUCUACAAAUCGUAUGGGGAGUAGAGUUUCUGACCAGGGCUCCAUUAACCAUACAGUUUGUGUGGACCCUUACACGAAUGACAACUGUGAAGGAGAAGUGAGGGCAGGUGAUGGCGAGGUCCCAAAGCAGUCACAUAAGCGGCACUUCCGCAACUCUAAAUCACGCCGUAGAAAUGAACGUUUUGCCACCAACUUAAGAAAUGAGAUCCAAAGAAAGAAGGCCCAGCUUCACAAAAGCACAAACUCUGGUGGUCUGCCUCGGGGUGAGGAGACCGUGGAGGAAGAGGCUGCAGAUCAUAACACAGAGGAAGUAGGACUUCCAGAGAACAAUCAAAGCUUCACAUGUCCUAUUGCUGACCCUCCGACAGCCUCCAUGCACUCGUCCAAACAGAAACCUCAACAAGUUCAAGUAUAUGAUACCACACAUGCCGAAGAACAAUCCAGAACAGGGGUUGCGAGUUGUCAGACUUCUCCGACACAAACCCUGGAUAGUGGGCAAGCUUGUGUACAUGUAGUGGAAGAGUUGGCACCUGCAGGCAAGCCACGUCGAUGGCGCUGGACACCAGAAAACAAGCUUCAACCGGAAACCCCACCAGUGCCCAACCAGAUGCCAACUGAGUCUAAGAAUAAUGAGGCUACAGGACAGAUGUGGUCUGGAAAAACGGGGGUAACAAGAGGGAGAACGAGUUCUUCUAGUGGUCGUAAAGGUCGAUCAGACGAGUCUGACAUCCCCCCCUUCGCAGACCGCCGGAGAUUUUUUGAGGAAACUAGCAGGAAGUUGAGCCAGUCUGUAACAAAUUUAGCAGCCUUGACAAGCCGAAACCAGAGACCAGACAGGUUGAGUAGACAUAACCAUCCAUCCUCACCUGAACCACUUGAGUCAAGACCCACUAAUUUGGGCCGGAGGAGGUUCUCUUAUCAGGGUGUGGUCCAUGAUGGACCUUACAUCAACUCAUUGGACACUGGGAGACAAUUUAUGCAGGCUCAGAAUGACCAGGAAAUAAUGAGGCAGAUGCUGAUACAGAGAGAGAAGGAGAAAGUGAGAGAGAUGGAGUGGGAAAGAGAGCAAGAGAGAAUUCAAGAGCAAGAGAGAAUUAGAGAACAAGAGAGAAUUAGAGAACAAGAGAGAAUUAAAGAGCAAGAGAGAAUUGAAGAGCAAGAGAGAAUUGAAGAGCAAGAGAGAAUUAAAGAGCAAGAGAGAAUUGAAGAGCAAGAGAGAAUUAAAGAGCAAGAAUGGUUACAAGAACAAGCCAUGGAGAAGGAACGAUUAAAGAGGGAAAGGGAGAAAGCGCAACAAAGCCUUAAAGAAUGGGAAGAGAGGCAGAAACUGCUACAGAGAGAAAAAAAAUGGGAGUCAGAGAAAGAUACUAUACAAUCAGAUCACAGCAUUAGCACUGACACAGUUCAUCACUUAUCAUCUCAUGAUGUCUAUCGAAAGCAGUCACCCAAUCCUCAGGUUCCUUCCUCUCAUCAGCUACCUGAGCAUUACUAUAACAACAAUGCCACCAAUGUCCGAGAGCACUGCUCUGCCUUUCAACCUGUGACUAGUAGGCGUAAUCCUUAUGAUGGCUACCGGGCAAAUCUACACUACGAGGCCAGGAGUUACACUCCAACAGAGGCUUAUCCUGCACGGGAACAGGAACAAACAAAACUAAACCGGAAGCUCAGUCUGACAGAGAGAGACUAUAGGUGCAGGACAGACUUUAGGACAGCAGAGGGCGUUGUUGUUCCUGCCUUUGUUGGUCAAAGCACCCACACAGAGGAGCAUCUUACGUUUUCACCCCUCAAAAAUCGUGCCAUGUCCGAGAAUGACAUUCGAGUGGAGACACAUAAUCAGAAUCACGCUUCAAACGCAAGUGUCAGCAGAAUGCGUGCGUCCACUUUGGGAGAUGUGGAUGAGAAUAGAGUGGGUAUAGGUGAGGUAAAAAAGAAAAAAGGCCCUCCUCGUCCGCCACCUCCCAAAUGGGAGCAGUUCCACAAGAGGCGGACCUCCCACCACAACCUCUUCUCCCACCCUCCACAAUUUUCGUCGCCCGUUUCCUCUCCACCUCGGCCACAGCAGUGCACCUCCCGCCCCACCAGUGAGCCUGAAAUGACCCGACCGCGGUCCUACAGUCUGCCGCCUAGGGACGUCUCCGAGAACCAUCACUGCUGCUGCCGAGACUACUCGAUAACUCCACCCAGCCCUGCCUGUACACGCCGCACUUUUAAACCUGUAGCCGUGUCUCCGAGAGAGAGAGACUUGACCCCUCCGAAUUAUGACAUGAGAAGAGAGUUCACCCAACCUUUACAUCCAGAACCAUGCACACGGAUACCUGUUCAUACUGCUGAAGUGUCCAAACAUGAGACUAGACCUACAUUGGUAAAGCCCAUCUUUCAUGAGCACCAAGCAGACUGGGAUAGAUCUGCUCCACAAACCACUAUCAGAUGUCUGGAAGUACCAGAGAACCGCCUGUCAGCCGUACCCGUGUCUCCAGAAUCUUACUUCUCCAUGAACAAACACCACAUGCAGCAGGCAGGCUACCCUGAUGCAGCUCACAAAAUCCCAAAUAUUUCUUCUCACAAUCCAGCUGAAGAUGCAAACUUGCCUAUAGAGACGGACAUAGAUGAGAUCUCUGAGAUUGAGCGAAUAGGAGAGGUGGACACGAGGGUAACGGAGGGGAAGACGGAAAUACAGGGUUUUGCCCGACCGGUUAUUGUGCUGGAAACAGACAUCGACAACAUGCCAGAGGAAGAGCCUUCAUCGACAAGAAUCGCAAGAGGGGCGAGGGGUUCAUUGGUGGAUUCCAUACUGGAUGAGGAUUAUGGGGUCUCCAGGAAGGAGCUGAUGGGAGAUUUAUUUCCUCAAAGCGCAGAGAUGGAAAUGGGUGGAGAGGGCUGGAGAGGAGGCUACCCGAUCAGCGGAGGGACUCUCGAGAGGUAUAACAGCUCAAACAGGCCUUCUAGACUGGGAACAUCCACAGUUCAAGUCCCACGGUCGACUUAUGACUCCUUAGCUGACAACUCCCAACUUCUUAACAAGAUAAGAGAGAUCUCAGAAAAAAAAGAUGAGGAAGAAGAGCUUAAUUAUAAGAAGCAGCUGAUGGAGAGCCUUCGUAAAAAGCUAGGUGUUCUCCGUGAAGCACAGAGGGGUCUGCAGGAGGACAUUCGGGCCAAUGCCCAGCUAGGAGAAGAGGUGGAAAGCCUGGUUCUCGCUAUCUGCAAGCCCAAUGAGGUGGACAAGUAUCGAAUGUUCAUUGGCGACCUGGACAAAGUGACCAGCCUGCUGCUGUCCCUUUCUGGAAGGCUCCUCCGGGUUGAAAGCGCCCUGGACUGUGUGGACCCAGAGACUGGUCACCAUGAAAGGCUACAGCUGCUGGAAAAGAAAAAGCAGCUGUUGGUGCAGAUGGCAGAGGCUCAGGAGCUUAAGGAACAUGUGGACCGACGCGAGCAGGCUGUCGGCAGUGUGCUGGGUCGCUGCCUGACCCCAGAACAGAUGCGUGAUUACGGUCACUUCGUGAAGAUGAAAGCAGCACUACUGGUAGAACAGAGACAACUGGAUGACAAGAUCAGGCUUGGAGAGGAACAGCUCAGGGGACUUCGAGAAAGCCUCGGCCUGUGGUAUGGCCAUUACUGAGACUGACUGUGUGUGUAUAGUAGGGAGUAAUGGACUUGAAAAUAAGUAUGGCAGUAUGUUUAAAAAAAAUGGACAAUGACCUUGAAGUCAAACACAGCAGAUUGUUGGACGACCGAGUGAUUUCAGUUCAACUUAUAAACUCUGCACUACAUCUACUUGAAGUUGUCUUUUAGGACUUUGCUGCAGAUGCACUAAUAAUUGAAUCCGAGAAGUUAUUAUGCGCUUACACAAGUUAACCUCAGACACUACUUAAACCGCCAAAGAACAUACUGUAUGUGUGUCUGUACACUUCUCUUCAGCAGGGAGAACAUCCUUGCUCUGCUAUUUAUUUAUUUAUGUGUGUAUAUAUUUACACACACAAUUUCCAAGUAAAAAAUAUAAGGAAACCAAGGUGCAAGGCCACAAUACAUUAAUACAAUAACACUAUCAAUAGCCUUGCAUGACAAAAAAUUCAACUUGCGGUCUAAUGUAAUUCCACGCUUUGGCAGAUGUCAACUUCUUAAUCUCUCUCAAUUAAAACGUUUUGUUUGUUUUGUAAAGAAUUCUUAUGUUUAUUUAGUAAGUGUACAUAAUGCUAAAGUGUUUCAUUCUGUCAUAACUGGAACUUUUGUGACUUCUUAUUACAGUUUGUUCAAGAUUUUUUUAUAUUUUUAUUUUAUAUUCAGUAUGCGUUAUUGUGCUUGCUAAACAAAUGUUGGUUACCAAAGAUUGAUUUUGAGGAAUGUCUUAAAAACCAGCCUUGCCUUACCAAAACCAUUUAUUGCAUUACAGUAGAAUGUUGAAGCCUAUAAAUAGACAUUGCAGUCAAUUGAGGUAUGGUUAAUGUUUUUUUUUACUGUUACUGUUGAAUGAGAUGCACUGUGUAUAACUUUGUAUAACAAGCUGACAUGGCAACUUUUGGGAUAAAAACUACUAAAUUUUCUUAUUUUACUUGUAAGAAAUUGGACAUUAGUCUGGAUUGAAAGAGAAUGUUGUUUCAGUUACCAUUACCUGCCGUGAAAGUCUUACUUUGUUUUGCAAGUGAGAUAAUUUGUGUUUGAAGGGCGUUCCUAUUUUUGUAGGCAUACAGUUGAAAAAGAAACAAAUGUUUGUAUUGGCAAAACAACUGCAAGGCAAAUGUGCUUGUUUUUGUUGAUUCACUUGUUUGCUUUGUGUAAAAACUAUAGUUUGUUUACUAUAAACUACUUGUGAUCAUUUUGAUGUAUCAUACAAGGUAAAUAGCUCAGAGAUGAUGAAGAGACAUUGUGGUUUAUUGAUAUUUUUUGACAACAACUAUUGAUAUUUUUGUGAUAUAAAACAUAAAUUGUAAAACUUCAACCAUUAAAAGUAUUUUUUCUCCA